AUUUGAUCUCUGUGACGUCAGAGUAGCAGCUGGAUCUCUACCUGUGACUCAUUACAUCGAUCGAAAAGGGACUGCCAGUUUAUACCUGGUAGCCAAAGUCGAAGAGCGCUGGCGAUGAGCGUUGAACAACAGAACUCUGCAUCCGCUAUUGAUGUUAAGAGCCGAGUGUUUCUUCCGCUUUCAUUGUCAUCAGUAUGAAUGCUGAGAUAGAACGCAUUAGAGGACUGUUUCCAUUACCACCAAUUUUCGGAUCUCCACAGGAGCAGCAAGAGUUACUAGAGAGACGAAUUUGGUUUGCUAGGACAGUUCUGCAGCCUCCCAUAUCCCCUCUACCUCCAUCUCCCUGUCCUUCCAUCCCAAGAAGGCUUCGCGGAGGAUAAGCUCUGAGGGAGGGAGUUGAGGAGUAAUGUGGAUUUGGCUCCUGCUCGCACUUAUACCAUCCACGCGAGUGAGGGCAGAAUACUUUAUUUCAGCUGGAGAAACUUUCACAAUUUUGUCAGGAGAUAUUGAAGUGCUUUAUGGCAUUCCUUCCUCUGCUCCAAAACUCCGACUGCAACUGGUACAAAUUGGGAUCAACGAUGAAAAACUUAUCGCGAAACGUGAUGUACCAGAAAAGUUUACAAAAGGAAGAAUUGUUUUCCCUUGCGGUACUUUUGAAAAAGCAGGGCUCUUUGUUUUCCGGCUCCUCACAGUUAAGCAGGAUAGGAUAAUGGCUCAGACUAAAACUAUCGAUGUACGCUGGCCUUCUGUGACGGUUCAUGUUCCCUUGAUGGUGGAAACGUAUAGUUCUAAUGUUAUAGUUCAAUUAUACGUUGAACCCCUGAAAUGUAAACCUCGAAGUAGUUUUACGACGUAUGUUGAUCUUGUUUAUCAAGGAGCUGUUCAAACUUCCUGGCAUGAACCGACAGUUCUCACCAGCAAGGAAUUGACUGGUUGGAUGUGGAAUUCAGCUUUUGAUGUUGUACUUGACUGUGAAUUUUUCGACAGAGCGGGAAACUAUACAGUCCAUGUCAGAACUGAUAUUCCUCAUACACCUGAAGUAGCUAUGAGUGACACAAUUCUCGUCAUGUGGAGUCAUCGAUAUUCCGUUAGCGUAGCAAAGAGCUCUGUUCAACCUUGUGACGGCAGCCUCUCUGUAAUCUACCAUUAUCCAAGAUGCAUUUUGGACCAGGAUAGAAUACGGGUUUAUGGAAAAGCUCCCAGAGGUCCACUGAAGUACAUUCGAGAAAGUCGGAUAGAAAAUGGCAAACAUUCCACUAAACUUUCUUGCGAUAUCUUCCAAGAUGAAUUCCAAGAAUACUGUUUCAGUUUUGUCAGUAUUGCACGGAACGGCGCCGUGUUUGAUUUGAAAACUCACUGUCUUCCAACCCUUACUGACAGUAGAGGCAUUAUUGCGAAUUGGAAUGACUGGGGGCCGUGGAGUGAAUGUUCAGCUACAUGUGGACCUGGAGUUCAGAGUCGUUACCGGCUUUGCGUUUCUGCUACAAAUAGUUCAGAUUGUGUUGGUAAAGCAGUGCAGACACAACCUUGCAAAAAGGAAGAAUGUCCAGCUGAUCCAGAAACGACAACAGAGGAGCCUCUACAUUGGGAUUGUCCAUGCGGAUGUGAAAAAAAUAUAACCGAAGAUCACUUAAUUAAGAUAUUGACUUUAGAAUGUGAAACUGAACCAGUCUGGAUUUUGCAAGCUUGGCCUACUGGACAUGUUAUUGUCGAGAUAAGAAAUAUAGUUUUUCCCUCCUCAGAUUAUUGGUUAACCAUAAGAGAUGGUAAGUCAGCUUUGGGAGCAGUUCUUGCAAUAGUAGGACCCUACACAAUUUCUCAUCCAGUUCAUUCAAUUACGGAGACGGUGCGACUGGAAAUUCAUGCUAGCAAUGUCACUUCAUUUCAAGGUAUAGAGAUGGUGUUUCUUGCUACCCAAUCAGAAACACCUCGUGAAAGCUUAGCAAUGACUCGACAAAAAGUAGAUAGCGUCAACCUCGCAAGCAACUUAACCGCCGUCCAUCUGACUAUCAUCAUGUUAGCUACCGUCCUCUGCUCAACAACUGCCUUUUUGAUCAUAUUUCACUUCUGCCGUCAAUCCAGAAUGAAAGCUGCCAUGGAAAGCUCUCCUAAUCUGGCUUGCUCAGAACUUCUGACGUCCACUUCAGAACUCUCCGUGAAAAGUCCGUCCGCCAGCCCUGAAGAUUACCUUUAUAAGAGUUUUAUUUUCCGUUCCACUUCAUCACUCCAACAACCAAAGCUCAAAUGGGAUCUUCCACCGAAAGUUGAACCCGCAAGUACUGCAUCGCCAAUAAGACGUCGUAGUCGGCCAGCUAUUAAAAAUGGGCAGAGAGAAAGUGCAACCCCAUUAACUGCUUCUUUAUCGGAGUUGUCUACUGGUUCUGAUGAUGGUUUUGAAUAUGAUUACUAUGACUAUGGUUGUCACCAGGAGCCUGGGUCCUUUUUUUGUCCCGAUCCUGUUCUGCUGGGUUGGCCUCCUUUUAUUCCUUUACCUCCUCAAGGCAUGGAAGAAUUCGGUGAUUAUCCUCUGCAGCAUUUCACACCUUCUCCAGAUCCUACCUAAGCCUUGAAAGCGUUAUGCGCAGAUAAUUGUACCUCGUUUACGGCUUUGCAGCUGAAGUUGAUUACGAUUAUGAUAGAUGUUUUUAACAUGAGUAUCAUUAUCGCAAUUAUAACGUGGCAUGCAAAUUUUCUUUCUACCAAGCCAUUUAAAAACAGUGAAAUAAUUGAAGGUCAUCCAUUGUAGCAUUUUAUAUUUAGACUGGAUUCUUUAUAAAAUAUUAUGCCAGCAUCGUCGAAACUGAACUUGAGGCGUAAAAAUCCCUCUAACUAAACUAUUUUAAAUCGUUUCUGUGUGUUUUAAUAAGAAUUAAGGCUUUUAAACAGAGCACUUUCCUUAGAUUUCCUUUAAUCGAACCCUUUUGGGUAAUGAGAGAAGUGACAGUUUUAUCCUAGUCAUAUACAGAAUAUAGCAGCACCACAUAUCAUUUAUUGGAAUCAGAUGUUCGUAUAAAAAUUAAUUGCACAACCUCAUUUGAAUUUUGCUUCCAUUUGCAAUUUACAUCUCAUUAUCAAAGAAAUUCAUCAAUUUUUGAACAAUAUAACAAUAAAAUCAAGCUUCGGAAUAUUGCCUUAAUCUCAUAAACACCUAUCACGUUUCAAGAUUUUCUAUUUUCUGUAUAAUAUUAUUUUCUUGCAGAUAUAAUUCUGAAGCAUUUUUAUCAACAAAAAUUGUAAAAUUACGAAUUAGUCUGUCUGAAUAUGGUUAGAAGCGACAAAAAUUAAAAAAUCACUUUAAAAAAAGUGAAAUACGAAGCUUGUUUUGGAUUAAAAAGAAAAUAAUUUGUUGUUGAUUUAAAUAUUCAAACACUUUGAUAUUUGCUGAAAGAAAAUUGUAGCUUUCCUCUAGUAAUAUAGUUCUUUCCUUUUUCACACAUCUGAUAAGCACUAAAAAGGGUUUCAUUAUUAUUCUGUUUAUACUCUGUAACAUACAGAGCAAAUCUUCAAAUCUAAAACGGUAGUCAUUGUUAACUUACAUCAUUGUGUUCUUUGCAUUAAAUAUGUGAUAUUGUUUUUAUUUUUCAGCACUUUCUUCAUAUUAUUUAAGCAUUAGAAAUUCUUUUAAGCUAAUAUUUUGUGCAAUUUUACUG